UGCCCGGGAGCGGCGGGGGCAGCGCGGCGGCGGGCCGGGCGUUGUGCCGGGUGUUGUGCCGGGGCUGCCCGGGCGGCUGCAGCGAGUUUUGCGUCCCGUCCCCGCGCUCGGGCUACUUUGGGCGGGCUCACGCCCGUACAUCUAAUCGCUGCUGCCGUUCGCUCGCUUCCCGGCGGAGCGGAAGGAGGAUGGGGUUCGAGCUGGAUCGCUUCAGCGGGGACGUGGACCCCGACUUCAAGUGCAACCUGUGCAACAAGGUCCUGGAGGACCCGCUGACCACCCCCUGCGGCCAUGUGUUCUGCGCCGGCUGCGUGCUGCCCUGGGUGGUGCAGCAGGGCAGCUGCCCCGUCAACUGCCAGCGCAUCUCCACCAAGGAGCUCAACCACGUCCUGCCCCUCAAGAGCCUCAUCCUCAAGCUGGACAUCAAGUGCGACAACCACGCGCGGGGCUGCGAGGCGGUGGUGCCGCUGCAGCAGCUGGGCGAGCACGCCGAGACGUGCGACUUCUCGCCGGCCAAGUGCCGCAACCGCGGCUGCCGCCAGGUGCUGAACCUGCGCGACGUGGAGGCGCACAUGCGGGAGCGCUGCGAGGCGAGGCCGGCCGGGCUGUGCGAGCAGGGCUGCGGCUUGGUGCUCACCCACGGCGAGCGCCGAGCCGGCGGCCACGGCUGCCUGCGGGCCCUGCGAGCCCACGGCGCCGCGCUGCAGGCGCGGGCGGCGGCGCUGGAGAAGGCGCUGAAGAAGGAGGCGCUGCGCGCCGGCAAGCGGGAGCAGUCGCUGCUGUCGCGACUGGCGGCGGCGCAGCUGGAGCUGCAGGUGACGGCGCUGCGCUACCAGAAGCGCUUCACGCAAUACAGCGCCCGCCUCGACGCCCUGGCCCGCGCCCGCGCUGCGUCGCCCGGCAAGGGCGAGGAAACCAAAGCGCUGACUCUUGUCCUUCAUCGUGACUCAGGCUCGCUUGGAUUUAAUAUUAUUGGUGGCCGACCAUGCGUGGACAAUCAAGACGGUUCAUCUAGCGAAGGAAUUUUUGUAUCGAAAAUAGUCGACACGGGGCCUGCUGCUAAGGAAGGAGGGCUGCAAAUUCAUGACAGGAUUAUUGAGGUCAAUGGGAAGGAUUUAUCUAAGGCAACACAUGAGCAGGCAGUGGAAGCGUUCAAAACUGCCAAGGAGCCCAUUGUGGUGCAGGUCCUGAGGAGAACCCCACGCACCAAGAUCUUUACUCCUCACGAGUCCCAGCUGGUAGAUGUGGGCACGCAGACGGAUAUCACUUUUGAACACAUCAUGGCUCUAAGCAAGAUGGGCUCACCUACGCCGCCAGUCUCUGUGCUGGACCCGUACCUCCUACCUGAAGACCAUCCAUCAGUGCACGAGUACUAUGAUCCAAAUGACUACAUGGGAGGAAUUCAUCAAGAAAUGGACCGAGAUGAGUUAGAACUGGAGGAAGUAGAUUUGCAUAGAGUGAACAGCCAGGACAAGCUUGGCCUUACUGUAUGUUACCGAACGGACGAUGAGGAUGACAUUGGUAUUUAUGUGAGUGAGAUUGAUCCCAACAGUAUUGCUGCAAAGGACGGUCGGCUCCGAGAAGGGGAUCGCAUUAUUCAAAUCAAUGGCAUAGAGGUACAGAACCGAGAAGAAGCUGUGGCACUUCUCACCAGUGAAGAGAGCAAGAAUAUCUCCUUGCUUGUUGCAAGACCAGAAAUUCAGCUGGAUGAAGGAUGGAUGGAUGAUGACAGAAAUGAUUUUCUGGAUGACUUGCACAUGGACAUGUUAGAGGAGCAGCACCACCAGGCAAUGCAAUUUACUGCCAGCAUGCUCCAGCAGAAGAAGCAUGAGGAAGAUGGCGGUACCACAGACACAGCCACCAUUUUAUCUAACCAGCACGAGAAGGACAGUGGCGUGGGGCGCACAGACGACAGCACUCGGAACGAUGAGAGCUCGGAGCAGGAAAACAAUGCCGAUGAUCACACCACUUCCUCCAACACUUUAGGGAGCCAGAAGAAGCUGACUUACAGUCAUGACACCCUCGGAAGUGGCGAUAUGCAGUUCAGCAACGAGUCGUUCAUCUCAGCCGACUGCACAGACGUCGACUUCCUCGGCAUCCCGGUAGACGAAUGUGAGCGAUUCCGGGAACUGCUGGAGCUGAAGUGCCAGGUGAAGUCUGCCAGCCCUUACAGCCUGUACUAUCAUAACAGCACUCUGGAUAUGAGCAAAAGCGACCAAGAAAGCGUUGACAAAGAGCUGGAGAUGCUGAAUGAGGAGCUGCGCAAUAUUGAGCUGGAGUGCCUGAAUAUUGUGAGAGCUCAUAAAAUGCAGCAGCUGAAAGAUCAGUACCGGGAACCCUGGAUGCUGCACAACAGUGGGUUCCGCAACUACAACACCAGCAUCGAUGUUCGCAGGCACGAGCUCUCAGACAUUACAGAGCUCCCUGAGAAGUCUGACAAGGAUAGCUCGAGUGCGUACAACACAGGGGAAAGCUGCCGGAGCACACCACUCACGCUGGAGAUUUCCCCUGACAAUUCGCUGCGCAGAACUGCGGAAGGCGUCAACUGUCAAGGUAAUGAGGGGGCAGUGGCAUACAACAUCUCCCAGAAGAAUUUAUUGGCUGGCUCAGAAAGCCAUGAAUCCAGCACUGGUAAAUGCCAUUCCUCUGCUAAAGAUCCCGACCUUGGCAAGCAGCUGGAAAGCAAAGAGAGGAAAGCCAGUGAUGGAAGCAAAAGCCCUACGCAUGGUCAAAAACCUUCUGGCUCCUAUGUCUCCCCAUACCAUCACUCCCCAUAUAAGCAUGCUCAUAUUCCUGCCCACGCACAGCACUACCAGAGCUACAUGCAGCUGAUCCAACAGAAAUCAGCGGUGGAGUACGCGCAGAGCCAAAUGAGCCUGGUGAGUAUGUGUAAAGACUUUAACGCGAGCCAGAGCGAACCGAGGAUGGAGUGGAAAGUCAAAGUGCGAAGCGAUGGGACGCGGUACAUCACAAAGAGGCCGGUCAGGGACAGGCUGCUGAGAGAACGUGCCAUCAAGAUCAAGGAAGAGCGCAGCGGAAUGACUACCGAUGAUGAUGCCAUAAGUGAAAUGAAGAUGGGCCGAUACUGGAGUAAGGAAGAGCGCAAGCAGCAUUUAGUGAAGGCGAAGGAGCAGAGGAGGAGGCGUGAGUUCAUGAUGCAGAGCAGGCUAGAUUGUUUAAAGGAACAGCAAGGUGCAGAAGAAAAGAAAGAGAUGAAUAUCAUUGAACUGAGCCACAAAAAAAUGAUGAAGAAAAGAAAUAAAAAAAUAUUUGACAAUUGGAUGACAAUCCAGGAACUCCUUACCCAUGGAACAAAGUCACCAGAUGGCACACGAGUGUACAAUUCCUUCCUGUCAGUGACUACUGUAUAAUCACCAUUGCUAAGUUAUGUACAUAAAACACUACCAUUGGGGUAGAAAUCAAUGCCUCGUUCAAUGUGGCAAGAUUUUUGUAUAUAAGAUACGGUCAUCGAGUUUAUAGUUCAAAUACUGAACUCUACAACUGUGGGUGCCAGGAUCUCCACCGUGAAGUGGAGAGAAAGUUUGCCCAUCUCCUUCAAAGGCAAUACUAGCAGUGCUUUUUGGAAUACUGAUUGUACUUUUUUACUUGUUACCUUUUACAUAAAGCGUUUAACUAUCAGAAAUGUAUUAACCAUACUUACACAGGUAAUUUGCUUAAACUAUAUUCAUAUAAAAGGUACCCAUGCUUUUCUUUGCCUAAAAAAAAUGCAAAAACCCCACAAGAGCAACUGCACAUACGUAUUUUUUGUGAAACCAUAUUUUGUGAUACUAUUUUGCUGUUGUUCACUUCUACACCAAGUGCUGUUUAUCAAUAUUUAGCUCAAGGUUUAAACUCAGAAUUAUUGAAUUCCUAAUGGAGUCCUUCUCUUGUAAUAUUGAACAUUUAUCAAACAGCAGUCUUUAGAGUUAUGAUCAACAUUUAAACAUUUUUCCUUUUAAGGUUUCUAAAGAAAGUAUAUAGGUUUCAUCUGAAAAGCCUGAAGCAAAGUACAGUAUACUGCAGCUUUAAAGGAUUUUAAAGCAUGUUUGCAAAUGUUGCAACCUAUUGAAAAAUGUGCAUGUACAGCUGAUUUGUUUAUAUAAGACAGUUUGUGGAAUUUGAGAAGCCCAUGGUAGUAACUGUUUGCUUUAUAGAUUUGAAUGUAUUGAAUUAUAAAAGCAGUUUCAUGAAAUCAUCAUUAGCUACAAACGUUAACAAGUAAAAUGAAGUAAAAUAAAUUAUUGUUUUAUAUUUCAAACCAUUUUAAA